UAAAAAGUGGGGGAAACGAGACCAAGCCGAUUGGACACUGCAUUCAGUCUCAGACAAAGGACAGCUAAAUUGGCUUACCUGGUCGGGUACGGCCUGGGUCUGAAAGGCUAUUAUGUAAAUCGGACUGUACGGAUGUGUUUUUGGAUACUCGUGAAAUCACCCACCGACAUAGAGAAAGUUAACGUUAUUCUAAUAAGUUUAUAUUUUGACUAUACGACAUCUCCAGAACUUUAACUUUUCAAAUUAGAUAACAACACCCCGCAAAAGUGUUGUUAUACAAACAUGAUUACGGCCGUGGUCACACCCGUAUUGGUGGUCAUUGUUAUAUUGUGUGGUCUGGACGAGCUGUCCGCAUUUAAGGUAGUGGACUUGACCCACGAGCUGAGUGACACGACAAUCUACUGGCCGGGAAAUCCAUCGUACAACCUUACAGAACUGUUUCGGGGUCAGAACGGCGCCUUUUGGUACGAAGCUAACUACAUUGCACAAGCCGAACAUGGCGGCACACAUGUCGACGCGCCUGCGCACUUCUACGAGGGAGCGUGGCGUAUACAUCAUAUUCCCAUGGAAAGAUUGACAGGACCGGCUGUUAUCAUUGACGUAAUAGAUAAGGUCCGAAAUAACCCGGAUUACCGAGUGCAGCUAAAUGACAUAACCGGAUGGGAAUCGGACAAUGGGCAAAUUCCUGAUAAAGCUGCUGUAAUCAUGAACUCUGGAUGGGGAUACAAGUAUCCUAACAAGACGGCCGUGUUCGGGACCGAAACUCCGGAUGUCCCCAGUACGUUCCAUUUUCCCGCCUGGCAUCAGGACACGGUCAUGUGGCUUAUCAACAACCGACACGUGUAUAUGAUUGGGGUUGAUACGCCCUCCACAGACUUUGGCCAAUCAACGGACUUUCCGACGCACGUGUUAAUGGCUAAGAACACUGUGGUUGGUUUAGAAAAUGUCGCCAAUCUAGAUAAACUUCCGGUUUCUGGGUCUCGUAUAUUCGCAGCAGUCAUCAAAAUCAAAAACGGAAGUGGAGGUCCUGCGAGAAUAUUUGCCACAAUCUCAGAUAGUGAUAAAGAAUGUACCAAUUCUGGGUCGAUCCAACUCCCACCGUCGAAACUGGUUUAUGCAUUGAUCUCAAUAUGCGUAGCCAAACUCUUUUUGUUGUACUGUAAUUUCUGGUAGAAAGUGCAGUAAUAACCCGCAAUGGGCAGAGAUAGCCUAGGAUAGCCUGUUGAAUCAUCCUCGAUACUCCAGGGGUUACGCUCAUUUUUGCUCCCUGCACUCCGUGAAUGUGUUAUGAGAAAAUCGAAGACAUACUGUGCACCACCUGGUGGAUGAGACGAGAAGACUAGGGGCCUGUUCAUUUAUGUGGAACAACUGGUUCGUCUGUUUCUUAAUAUAACAUUUCUUUGGUAUAUAUCCUGACGGACCUGUAAAAGUGUAUGCAGGCCUGACAAGGGUUUGUCAAGGCUCGCCUGAAAAUAGCGUCUGAUUACUAGGUCCAACCUGUUUUCAUAAACGAACAUACCUGUCCAACCAGUUCAACCGCUUGGAUCGCGAUAAACGAAAGCGGCCUAAUUUGAUCCUUUGAUGAACAUCAAAAUAAUCUGUCGGUCGCGUAACGCUCCUCAAUUCUAUUCAAAGGACAAGUUUCAAGCCUAACGACAUCGAUUGGUCAGGUUUUUUCACCUGAUACCAAU